AUGGCCUCUCAUGGUGUUUCAUUCGAUGAUCUCUAUCGUAGAUCAACACAGUAUCGAUUGUGGUCCUACACAAGGGAACAACUUGCCCAGCAAAGGAGAGAGGUUAACGAAAAGGGAUGUCGUAAAGUCGAUGAACGACUAACAUCAACGCCGGAGGUUAGUGCCUCGUCCAUUGAGAAGGUUACGAUGGACGAGGAGAUUGCUCUGAUAUCGUUCCAUGCAAGAAGCAUUGCCAAGUUGGCAAAGUUCUUCAAUAUGCCGUCACAGGUACGGGCCACCGGUAUUUCCUUCUUUAGGAAGUUCUACCUGGUUAACAGUGUGAUGGAGUACCAUCCGAAGCUCAUCCUCCUGACUUGUCUCUUCCUUGCUGCCAAGUCAGAGAACUUCUUCAUCAGUAUCAACUCGUUCUCAAAGAGAAUCCCAAAGACAACUCCAGAGUCAAUCUUGGGGUUGGAGUUUGAGAUCUUACAGUCUCUAAAGUUCACGCUCAUGGCCCACCAUCCGUUCAGACCACUGUAUGGGUUCUUCUACGAUAUCCAGAAUGUUCUGGGACCUGAGGUGUCUACAAAGGAGCUCGGCUCUGUAUACGACGCUGCAAGAAACCUCAUCAACGAGGCCCUCAUAUCUGACGCCAUUUACCAUUUCACUCCACCUCAGAUUGCCCUGGCAUGCUUCAAAACAGUUAACGAAGAGCUGACGAUGAAGUAUUUAAACAAGAAGUUUACCAAUGUGAAGGUGGAAGACGAUGUUCCAAAGUCCACUGAUUACGAUACGUUGGUGAGCGUCAUAACAGAAUGCCAACAAGUUAUAAAGGACACUCCCAAUCCUACUAAGGACCAAGCCGUGAUGAUUGAUAAAAAGGUCCAAUUCUGUGUUAAUCCUUCUCUUGUACUCAAGAGGAAAAGAGAUACAAACGAGCCGGACGACGCCAACAAGCGUCCACGUGUGGGUGCUGUGGAAGGAGGAGCCUCGACGUCUCCAUAG